UUCAUCUGCAAUGACGGAUCAAACAUAUUCUCCUCUGAAGACCAAAAGAACGUCGCGUUCGUUCAAAAAGAACAUCUAGUGCGCAUGCGCACUGAAGACAACAACAGCCCACUACAGCAAAACAAUGGCGACUGCCGUGGAGAACAUCGUUAAAGUGCUUGGAGAGCAGUACUAUAAAGAUGCUUUGGAGCAGUGUCACAGUUAUAACGCCCGGCUGUGUGCCGAGAGGAGCAUCCUCAUGCCCUUCCUGGACUCCCAGACUGGAGUCGCUCAAAGCAACUGUUAUAUUUGGAUGGAGAAGAGACACAGGAGUGCAGGUAGCGCACCGGGACAGCUGUACACAUAUCCUGCUCGCAGAUGGAGGAAGAAGAGAAGAGCUCACCCACCAGAAGACCCUGCUCUGGUUUUUCCUCCACUCAAAGCUGCUGAGCUGGAACUGAACCUGAAAAAAGAUGUGUUGGGGCCGUUGGAUGGAAGCAGUCUGGAAGCCUUGCUGAAAGGAGAGCCGCUGGAUAAAAGAGUGUCCACCGAGCUCAGACCGCCGGAGGACGAAACCAGUCUGACUGAAAUCACUGGGACCAGUGCGGCCAGCAGCUCCACACGCAUCAGGAAGAGAGUCCUUGAUCCGGAAGACUACUUGGAUGAUCUGGAUGAUGAAGAUUUUGAGGAGGAGACCCCAAAAAGAAGAGGAAAAGGAAAGUCUAAGGGUCGAGGAGUUGGAAAUGGGAAAAAGAAAAUGGAAGCUGCCGCAGCUGCACAGGAAGAUCGAGACAAACCGUACGCCUGUGACAUCUGUGGGAAACGCUAUAAAAACAGACCAGGUUUGAGUUACCACUACACUCACUCUCACCUGGCUGACGAGGAAGGAGAGGACCGAGAGGAGCCGGAGAUGCACACACCUACACCACGAGAGGAACACAAGACUCCUAAGAAAGGACCAAAUGGCCUGGCGUUACCUAAUGACUACUGUGACUUCUGCCUGGGCGAUUCCACCAUGAACCAGAAAACAGGCCAGUCGGAGGAACUGGUGUCCUGCUCUGACUGUGGACGUUCAGGACAUCCUUCGUGCCUGCAGUUCACUGCCGUGAUGAUGGCAGCUGUGAAGACUUACCGCUGGCAGUGCAUUGAGUGCAAGUGCUGCAAUGUUUGUGGCACAUCUGAGAACGACGACCAGCUUCUGUUCUGUGAUGACUGUGACCGAGGAUACCACAUGUACUGCCUCAGCCCUCCCAUGGCAGACCCUCCAGAAGGAAGCUGGAGUUGCCACCUGUGUCUGGCUCUUCUGAAGGACAAGGCCUCAAUUUAUCAGAUCCAAAACCCCGCGAUGGAGUGAUACUGAAAAGAGUCUAGCUUGAAGAAUACACAGCCCUCACAAUCCACAGAUGGUCGUGAGAUUUUACUUGCCCUUAUUAUAACCAUUGUUUUGGGGUUUUAUUCCACUAUGACUGUUACACACAUCACAAGCAGUGUUUGAAAUGAAAGAGUGCAUAAAGGAAAGGUCAUACGCUUCAUGCAUUAUGAGCAGUAUUUCCACAUUCCUUGAUGUUAGUGCCAGUGGUUCAGAUGAUUAAGCACCUGUUUAUGCAUUGAAUAAUUUUUUUUUCAUCUUAAUCACUCAAGAUACAUUUGUUUACAUAGAGCAAACAUAUGGCUUAAUCCUUUAAGGAUGUUAUGGAUUUCAAAUAUUCAUUUGUACAAGAAGUGUAUCUCUGUCUUUGUCGUAAAUUAUUAUUUCUUGUAAGUUGCUCUUACAGGAAGUAAAUGUGCCAAGGUCCAGAUUCAAAAACCAGAAGAUGGUGCUGCAUUUUUAUUUUGAUUAUCAUGUUUUUUCUUCACUUUCUGAAUUCACUCAUUUUAAUUCCACCAAAACACUCUCAUGAUGCGGGUUAUCUUUCGUAGCAGAAUUUUGUAUGUGAUAUAUAACCAAUAUCUAUUCUUGUUGACCAUAUUGAAUUAUUGUGAGUACUGUAUCGUUUUGUAUUUGGUUUUGGUAUAACAUGCAAGUUUGUAUUUGGUAUUAAAUGUAAAUGCUGUAUUUUUCUGUCUUUUUUUAUUUACAUUUUUCAUAUUGGCCUUUCCAUAAUAAACAUAUGUGUAACAGAUAUUAAUCUUAA